UCACAAGUAUGGAACACUAUUAAGUGUGCUUUUCCAGAGAAUGAUUGUUGUAGCAGAAUUAUAACCACUGCACGCAUUGUUGAUGCAGCCAAGUCAUGUUGUCUGAGUACUGAUGACCGCAUGUAUGCAAUGGAACCACUAAGUGAUGUUAACUCUAGAGGCUUGUUCUUCAAAAGGAUAUUUGGCUCUGAUGGUUGUUGUCCUGAUAUGCUCAAGGAAGUUUCAAAUGAAAUCCUAAAAAAGUGUGCAGGCCUACCAUUGGCAAUUGUCACUAUAUCUAGUUUGUUGGCAAACAGAUCAGCUACCAAGGAGGAGUGGGAGAAGGUUAAAAGGUCAUGUGGUUCUGCACUGGAAAAUAACCAAAGUCUAGAGGGAAUGAAUAGCAUACUAUCCCUUAGCUAUAAUGUUCUUCCACCUAAUCUCAAGACCUGUCUGUUGUAUUUAAGUGUAUUUCCUGAGGAUUGUGAGAUUGACAAAGAGAGGUUAGUGAGGAGAUGGAUAGCAGAAGGUUUUAUCCAGGAAGAGCGUGGACAGAGCCGACAAGAGGUCGCCGAGAACUACUUUUACGAUCUUAUCAACAAAAGCAUGGUACAACCAGUGGACACUGGGUAUGAUGGUAAGGUUCGUGCCUGCCGAGUUCACGAUAUGAUGCUUGAAAUUAUUAUUUCAAAAGCAGUUGAAGAUAAUUUUGUCACUGUGGUAGGCAGAGGCCAAACAAGUUUGACUACUCGUCAUGGUUUUAUUCGGCGACUAUCAGUUCAGCACAUUGACCAGGAGAUGGCAUCCGCAUUAGCAAAUGAAGAUCUAAGUCAAGCUCAAUCUUUAAUAGUAACAUCAUCAGGUUAUAUGGAACAAUUUCCUAGUCUUCUUAAAUUUGAAGCUUUACGUGUAUUGGACUUUGAAGGUUGUGAGGGUUUGGAAGAGUAUGACAUGAACAAUAUGGACAAAUUAUACCAGCUUAAGUUUCUCAGCCUAAGGGGCACCAUCAUUUCAAAGCUACCACCAAGUGUUGUGAUGCUACACGAUCUAGAGGCCAUAGAUCUUAGGGACACACAAAUAGUAGAGUUGCCGGCUGGAAUUAUCUGUCUCAGUAAUCUACAGUAUCUACCCACAGGAAAACAACUCCUUCCUGAUGGGAUCAACAAUAUGAGAAGCAGCAUAAGGGUGCCCCCAAUAUUUGAUAUUACGAGGAGUUCAUUGGAUGCUUUGGAGGAUAUCGGGAGCCUUACCGGAUUGAAUGAAGUCAAAUUAUCGCUGGAGAAGAAACAUUGUCGGGAGUUAUCAGGAAAUGAUACUCUCCUUGCUAUGCAAGCUUGGGAGCUGCAAACUCCAAUCUUUUCGCUCACAAGUCUUGCUCGUCUGAAAAUAAAUUUAGCUGCAUUAAGGGAGGAGGAUCUGGACACUCUUGGUGAGCUCUCACCAUUAAUUGUUCUACAGUCGUGA